UCAAAAACUGUAAUGUUUCCACACUUUUAUACUGUAGGUGUUUUUAUCAGUGUGCAGUCUGCUCUAUUGACGGUCACCAUGCCUGGAUCCGCUCUGGUUUCGUCUCUCCUGGCACUGGCCUGUGUUCUCCUGCCACUGUGUGCUGCUCAAGGCAGCUGUGUGGGCAGAUGUGGCGAGCCACAGUUCAACCGCGGACAGAUGUGUAACUGUGACUACAACUGUUUUGUCCACGGCGAAUGCUGCAAGGAUUUUGAUGACGUCUGCACCGCCAGUGACUCCUGCAGGGGUCGCUGUGGUGAGCCGUUCCGCCGCGGGAGACAGUGUGAGUGCGAUUCAGACUGUGUGCUGCACAACACAUGCUGCCCUGACUACAGUCGACAGUGUGAUGCUUUCUCCAAUUUGCAAGCUGCAAGAAGCUCAAAACCAAACAAACCAACAGUCCCUCCCAAGACCAAAACACCAAAGAUGCCUGAUCUGAAGCCCCUCAGAGCCCCCAAGAAGCCUUCAGAUAGCAAGAGUGAGGAGGAAGGUACAGAUUAUACUGAGGAGUGUAUGGCAGUAUGUCUCGCAGCUCAGCAAAGCCCAGAUCUCAUGAGAGAUGGGACUAGAAUAAAUAACUUUAUGGCUCCAUCUGAAGAUCCAUCACUUCCUGCUGGUGGCCCUUCGCCCCAGGACAUCGGCCUCUAUGCUCCUCUGACACCCUCUGACAUACCAGGUAUUGGUUCCAACCCAUCUGGGUUCCCUCUGCCAUCCGGGAUCCUUCUGCCAGAAUCCGGUCCUGCUCCUGCAGCUGGGCCACUACAGGCAGGGGGUCCUUCCUCUGGGAAUCUCCUAACCCUCCCUGUGCAGGUCUCCCUCUCAAUCAGCGAACAAGGUGACGGGCCAUCCAGUGGACCUGCCUCUGGUUCAGGUAGACCCAACACUCUUGCAGACAUCGCCCAGGCCUUGGCAACCAGCAGCCCUGUAGGAGCUGAUGCAAACUCAGACCCUGAUCUCUGCAGCGGCCUUGUCAUCGAUGGAAUGGUAACUCUCUUCAACGGCACCAUCAUAGUUUUCAGAGGUCACUUCUUUUGGCUGCUGAACCCCAAGACCAAGAGGAUCGGUCCUGCUCGUAAAAUCACUGAAGAACUGGGCAUCCCGUCUCCCAUUGACACGGCCUUCACACGCUGCAACUGCCAGGGCAAGACCUACAUCAUUAAGGGUGACAACUACUGGAGUUUUGAGAAUGGUGUUAAGGAGCCUGGAUAUCCCAGAUCGGUGUCCCAGGACUUUGGUGGGCUCACAGGGGAGAUCACUGCUGCUCUGCCAGUCCCAGCCACCAGAAAGAAGCCAGAGUCUGUGUACUUCUUCAAGAAAGGAGGUACAAUUCAGAAAUUCUCUUAUCCACCUGGAAGUGGACCAACUUGCAGCGGAAAGAGAUCCAAAAAUUCAGUCUACGCCAAGAUCCGCCGUGCCAGACAAGCAGAGAUCCAGUUGUCAGGGGAGAUCAACAUCAAACUCAAAAUGAAGGGCUUCCCGACCCCUGUGACAUCAGCUAUGUCCAUGCCCAACCCCAAGAAGCCUGAUGGUUUUGAUUACUUUGUUUUCUCUUGGCCUAAAGUCUUCAACGUCAAGAUAAGCGGUGAGCUGCCUGCUUUGUCAGCCCCUGUCAGCCAUUCCUCUCAGCAGAAUGACAUCAGCAAGUGGCUCAACUGUGCCUGAAAAGCCAGCACUAAACAAACACCACCACCAGCUGCAUGGCGAGAAAGAUUCUCCAUUUAUUAGCAAAACAUUUGAACAGAGUCAGGAUGAUUACUCACAAAAUAUAAAACAACAAAUCUAACCAACAUUGAAACAAAACAUUAAGUAAAACAGCAGUAGGCUGAUUCUGGGUGCUUUGUAGAGUCGUUCAUGGGCUUGUGAUCAGAGUUUCUGCUGGGCAGACGCUGGGUUUAGAUGGGAGUGCCUCUGUUGAGUCCUCGACCCCGGCCUCCACGAGGAAAAUCAAUACCUGCAGGAUAACAUUGAGAUACCACAUUGGAUGUAACUCUUUAAACUAAGUGAAGAUUUUUUAUAAAUUACAUUCCUUCUUAAAAACAAAUUCUACAUAAGAAACAUCCAAAAAUCAAAUUUUAUACAAACUGUUGAUUAACGUCCUGACAAAUAAAAAGCUUCUGUACACAUUUCAGUUAACCUUUGCUUCAAUAAAAUAAGAAAAGCUUUAAAAAAAAAAAAA